UUGCCCCCUCCUCUCCCUUUCCGCCACGGAGAUUCUUGCCUCCGCCUCUCUUCUCCGGUCCACACCCGCGGAGGCGCCGCGCAGGCCACGGGAGAGGAGGGGAGGUGGCACCUGUUCCUGUUGGGCUUCUUGUCCUCUCCAGCUCCCCUUUCGCCGUCGCGAUAGAAUAAUAUCGUCGAUUGAACCAGUAAAACUAAUAUCUUUGCUAGUAUUCACCGUGCGUGUUCCACGCCCCAGCCAGCGCCCUCCUUAGUGCCCGCCACGCCCUCCUCGUUCGCGCCCUUGCAGCGACCAGUUCUUGCGUCUACUCUUCGCCACACCGAGGUCCAUCCAUCUACCAAACCACCCUGCUCUCCUUGCAAGAUCCGACUCCGGCCAAGAGAUUCGCUUCUUGCGCCAAGAUCCUGACCUGAGCAGAUAGCAAGAGACGAGGGAAGGGGGCGGAAUCAUUCGAAGCGAGGGCAUGGUGGCGGUCGCGGCUGGGAGGCGGCCCGUGCUCAGCCGCCGGAGGUCCGGCUGCGGUGCGGGCCAGCAGCAGCUGCAGCACCCGCAGGCGCAGCAACAGCGGAUGCUGGCGGUCGCCGUCGCCGCGCGCGUCGCCGCCGCGAAGCCCGCGGCCACGGAGGCCGCUUUGUAUGGCGGCGGCGGCGGCGACGGGUGCUGCGUCGAUUUUCUCGUUUGCCUGCUCCGGGGGCUCGGCGUGACCCCCGCAAGCGCGGGGCCUGCGCAGUUCAAGUGGGCCGCUCGACCGCUGCGGCGGAAGCGGAACGGGGGUUCCUCGCCAAGCGGCGCCUCCGCCGAGGAAAGGCGUCCCGGGCUUAUUAGGGACGCGCCCGGACGCAUCGCCGGCAACGGCGCCUGCGCUAGCGCCUCACUUUACACGAUGCAGGGCAAGAAGGGGGUCAACCAGGACGCCAUGGUUGUCGUGGAGAAUUUUGGUUCAAAAGAUGGUACCAUCUUUUGUGGUGUUUUUGAUGGCCAUGGACCACAAGGCCAUUUGGUUUCCAAGAUGGUCAGAGAUCUUCUCCCUGUGAAGUUGAGUGCAAAUAUAGCCAGGGAUGAAUACAAAGAGUUGUCAAAUAACACUGUCACAAAUGGGACAACUGAAGGAGAUGCUGUGCAAACUGUGGUUGAAGAUACCGAUGCUACCCUUGGAGCUUUAGAGAAUGGAGGGUACCCAGAAAUCUUCACAGCAUUGAGAACUUCAUUCUUGAGGGCAUUUUAUGUAAUGGACAGGGAUUUGAAGUCACAUAAAAAUAUUGAUUGUCUGUUCAGUGGAACCACAGCAGUCACAUUGAUCAAGCAGGGGCAGGAUCUUAUAAUCGGCAACUUGGGGGACUCUAGAGCUAUAUUGGCCACUAAAGAUGAGGAUAAUCACCUUUUUGCUCUUCAACUGACAGUCGAUCUCAAACCAAGCAUCCCAAGUGAAGCAGCACGGAUCAGGGAACGGAAGGGCAGAGUAUUUUCUCUCCCAAACGAGCCAGAUGUUACUCGUGUUUGGCUUCCGAAGUACAACUCCCCAGGGUUGGCCAUGGCAAGAGCGUUUGGAGACUUUUGUCUAAAGAGUUAUGGUGUAAUUUCUGUUCCUGAUGUUUCGUACCAUCACAUCACAGAAAAGGAUGAGUUCGUUGUGUUGGCGACUGAUGGGGUGUGGGAUGUACUUUCAAACGAUGACGUCAUUAAGAUUGUCAGUGAAUCCACUUCAGAGGCCUCAGCAGCAAGGCUUCUUGUCCAAACGGCUCACCGUACGUGGAGAACACGGUUUCCCACAGCAAAAGUUGAUGACUGCGCCGCUGUCUGUCUAUUCUUGAAAACAGAUUUGACAAAUAAAUCGUCCGAUUCAGGAACCAAAGAUUUCGCAACUAAUGUGGAACUGGACGGUGGUAAGCAUUUCUCGACUGUCAAAUCAAGCACUGUGGUUCCUACAGAUCUUGCUACCGCAUUCGUAACAGGUAAUGAGUGGCCUGUCCUUAGCGGCGACCCAAUGCCUGCCACUCCGACAAAUUUGCUGACGCCUACUUCAGCUGCAAACCAAAGCAUGAAAGGUUGAACUUGCCUGCCAGCUGAGAUGCUCAGUUAGUUCAAGAGCUGUGUGACUUUGUUUUGCUUACACUGGCCAAUGUUGAUGGGAAGCCAGUGCGAGUUCUACUCGCAAGUGGGUGUAAGCCUCGAUUUUGUUCUUUUGUAAAGUAAAAGGUCAGUUAUAGGUUGUGAUUGGUUAUAUUUGUUCUUUGUCCAUAUAAUAAUGACCCGUCCUCGUUGACGGCAUUGCUAGAUUCA